CAGAAGGGGCGGGGUGCGUGCUGCGCUUCCGGUUGCAAGGCAGAGUCGGUGCGGUUGCAAGAGGGAGGAGGAACAGCGCUUGUACGAGGAGAGGCGAGAGUGAGAGAGCCCCCUACAACCCGGACACACAGGCCGACCAGCUUCCCCCCUCAUACACAUACCCCAGUACCUGAGAAGCCUCGCAAGAGGAGACUACAGAGGAACCAUUGAGCCAGGAGGAGCCUUGAAACUAUGAGGCGUGUGGUGCGACAAAGCAAAUUCCGGCAUGUCUUCGGACAGGCGUUGAAGAAUGACCAGUGCUAUGAUGACAUCAGAGUCUCCCGUGUUACUUGGGAUAGCUCUUUCUGUGCUGUAAAUCCUAAAUUUGUUGCCAUAAUAAUUGAAGCCAGUGGUGGGGGAGCCUUCUUGGUAUUACCAUUACAGAAGACUGGAAGGAUUGACAAGUCUUACCCAACUGUUUGUGGCCACACAGGACCAGUGCUGGACAUUGACUGGUGUCCACAUAAUGACAACGUUAUUGCUAGUGGCUCUGAAGACUGCAGCGUCAUGGUUUGGCAGAUCCCAGAAAAUGGAUUAUCUGCACCACUUACAGAGCCUGCAGCUGUGUUGGAGGGGCAUUCCAAGAGGGUUGGCAUCGUAACAUGGCACCCUACAGCCAGCAAUGUGUUACUCAGUGCAGGGUGUGAUAACGUUGUCAUUAUCUGGAAUGUGAGCACAUCAGAGGCUGUAAUAACGAUCGAUGAAAUGCACAAUGAUGUGAUCUUUAGUGCCUGCUGGAACCGAAAUGGCAGCCUCAUUUGUACUGCCUCCAAAGACAAGAAACUACGUGUAAUUGACCCGCGCAAAAUGGAGCUGGUAGCGGAGAAGGAUAAAGCUCACGAAGGAGCUCGUCCCAUGAGAGCGAUCUUUUUAGCUGAUGGCAGCGUUUUUACGACCGGAUUCAGUCGAAUGAGUGAACGCCAGCUUGCACUGUGGAAUCCAAAAAGUAUGGAUGAGCCUAUUGCACUACAUGAAAUGGACACUAGCAAUGGUGUCUUGCUACCUUUCUAUGACCCUGAUACAAAUAUCAUUUACUUGUGUGGAAAGGGUGACAGCAGUAUUCGAUACUUUGAAAUCACAGAUGAGUCCCCAUAUGUUCACUACCUCAACACAUUCAUCAGUAAGGAACCACAGCGGGGGAUGGGGUACAUGCCAAAGAGGGGACUGGAUGUCAACAAGUGCGAGAUUGCCAGGUUCUACAAACUGCAUGAGAGGAAAUGUGAGCCUAUUAUCAUGACUGUGCCCAGGAAGUCGGAUCUGUUUCAAGAUGAUUUGUACCCCGAUACUGCCGGACCAGAAGCUCCAAUUGAAGCUGAAGAUUGGCUUCUUGGCAAAAAUGCAGACCCUAUUUUGAUAUCUCUGAAGCAUGGGUACAUACCAACCAAGAACCGUGAUCUCCAUGUGGUGAAGAAAAAUAUUUUGGGAAGUAAGCCAGCUGCACAGAAGAAGGCUGAGCCAGCUAGUACUGCUAAAAAUGCACCAGAAGCCUACAGCGCUCCAAAUGAUGGAAAGCUUGAUGAGGUGAUGAAGGAGCUGCGUUUAAUGAGAGAGGACAUGAGGUCCCAGGCGGAACGAAUCUCCAAAUUAGAGGAUCUAGUGGCCAGUCUCACCAACAAUGAUGAAUCUGAAGAUUAAACAGAACACGAUCUUAGCUGAGCUGGAGGUGCCCACUGCCAGAUCACAUUCUACCCAACACUUUCCUCCGGGCCUAGGCGAUGAUCAGCAUUCCAGCACAGACUGUAACCACCAUUCCCAGUUAACAUUCCACCCGCCCAUCCACCAGGUGCCUCCACUCAAAGACACUUGUGUAAUUUCAGGAGUUGGGUUAGAUGCCAUUAACUUCUGAAGUGUCACAAAUUCGCGAUCCCAACCUUUCAGGCCGACCUCAUUCAGAGGGGACAAGGAAUAAAAAAAAAAAAAAAACUUUUCGUUGAUUAAAAGCCAAGAUUUUUACCCUCAUUUUUCAAGUGUUACAUGACCUUUUCCUGUUCAUGAGAUCAGUAUAUAUCAUUUUUUUUUGUUUUUUGUUUUUUUUAAUAAAUCCUGGUUCUGUUUCCUUUUUCUGAGUAAGGGAGGAAUUCUGAAAAUGUUGGACCUAUGCCACAUUUUUUUUCCGAAUUUUUGCCAAAAGACCUUGUUAAAUAUAUUGGGACCAUGCAUCGUAUAGUAUUUUUUAUUUUUAAUGUAAAGGAGGAAGCACUGUGUUACUUGUCUGGAAUUGCAAGAAAAUACCCAUAAAAGCUUCAUGAGUUUUAUAUAAAUCCCUUUCUUUUUCUGUGUA